AUGGCUUCCCUGUUACGCUCCUUCUGGCAUGUUAUGACCAGCAAUGACCGACACUCCGAUUACAAUUCCCCGAUCCGAACCGGUCGCCAUGUCCCUCUGGGCGCUCGCAAUCCCCUGACUUCGAUCGCAACCGCCGGAGAGUCGCGCUCUGACAUCACAUCCCCAUACCAUGACGAUGCUCACCAUCCCGGCUUCGACCCAAAUGGCGCUACCAGCCCAAGAAACAGCAUUCCCUACUCGCCCGGCAUGAGGUCACAGGCCGCCGCGAACGAUGCCUUCGAGAUCGCGAGUCCGACCGGCUCAAUCCCCAUGCAGUCCUUCCAAGAUGGCAUGCCGCCCCCACCCCCCGUCUCCGCUUCGUGGAAAAAGAUCGACGCUUGGGCCGAGGAGAAUUACCCAGAACUGUUUGACCAGCUCUGCGAGGGUUGCACCAUCAACGACCUGAACGAGCUGGAGUACCAGCUGGAUUGCUCGCUGCCUCAAGACGUCCGCGAGUCCCUUCAGAUUCAUGAUGGUCAAGAACGCGGCGGCACUCCUACCGGUAUCAUAUUCGGCCACAUGCUGCUUGAUUGCGAGGAGAUUGUCCAGGAGUGGGAGAACUGGAGAAAGGUCAACCAGGAUAUUUUGAUGACGGAGCCUCCGUUCAACCGGCCGCCACCAGCUACCGCUUCAUCGUCUAAAUCAGCAGCCGCCGGCAGCAGUCAGGCCUCAACCUCAGCAGCCGCUUCUUCCAGCUCAGCACCAACCUCACCUCGGCGCACCAACUGGCGCGAGGAGCUCCUCGCCCGCCAGAACUGCGUGCCCCCAGGCACGAUUCAAAAGGCCUACGCCCACCCGGCUUGGAUCCCCCUCGUCCGCGACUGGGGCGGCAACAACCUCGCCGUAGACCUCGCGCCCGGCCCGAACGGCCAUUGGGGCCAAGUGAUCCUCUUCGGCCGUGACUACGACACUAAAUACGUGAUUGCCCGCUCAUGGGCCGCCUUCCUCGCCAUCGUCGCCGACGACCUCAACAGCGGCCGCUGGUUCAUCGACGAGGACUCGGGCGAACUCAAGCUCCGCGAGUUCAAGACCACCCGCGUCGAGCCCAGCUACUUCGACAUCCUCCGUUGGCGUAUGGACCAGAAGUAUGGUCGUACCGCGGCCGCGGCUGCUAAGCGGAGGUCGAUGGCGCCUAGUAUUACGGGUGUGCCGGGCGCCAGCUCGCUUAGUGCGCCAACUUCGCCUUAUGUCACGCCUGCGGAUGGUCAUGGUGAGCCCCAAAGGGGCAGAUCCAUCCAGAGGCUGAAAUCGUCUAUCUCGCCUAUUCCGAGCCCAAUUCGCCCGGCGGGGUAUGGGAAAAGUACGCCUCUCGCGCAUAUUACGGAGGAGGCGGGGCCGAGUGGGAGUGCGGAAGGGACGAGUAGCCCUGUUGCGGCGGGUAAGGAGAAACUCGUUGAGGUUGAUACGCCGCGGCAGAGUGGGGAGGAGAAGAAAAAGGAUGCGGCUGCUGAGGGUCAGCAGAAGGAGGAGGAGGAGGGUAAGGCGGAGGCGUCGUCAAGUAGUAAGGCUGCGGAGGCGGAGGGUGAUGGGAUGAAGACUAUUGAGAUCUAA